UAAGUACUGUAUGUGUUAAGGGGAUAACAGGUUUAGUUUUUCCUUUUUUUAAACCAAACAUAUGCAGUUCUGUGCUUACACUUUAUUUUGAUAGUCAUCUUAUUAUACUGACUAUAAGUAACUUUGCAACUACAUGUCAACUAGAUUUAAAGCUGCAUUUCAAAUAACUAUCAUCAUUGGAUUAUUAAUAGUCUGUUGGGUUAAAUUCACAGCAAAAUCGCCAGUGUUAUAAAAGGUCAAAUUAACACUCACAGUGUAUAAUCCACACUAUCGAAGUGUAUCGAAGUUACUUAUAGUCAGUAGAAUGUUUCUGAGGGACUAUCAAAGUGAUAGUUCACACAGAAAAGAAAAUUCUGUCAUGGUUUAUUCACCCCAAAUCUGUAUACAUUUUUUGUUCAGUUGAAUGCAAAGAUAUUUGAAAGAAUGUUAGCAACCGACUACCAUAGUAAGAAAAAUAUAUAUUUUUUGUUAUUAUUAUUUUUUUGUUCUGUUUAACACAAAAUAAGAUAUUUUGAGGAAUUUAGGAAAGCAAAACUUCUGAGGCACCUUUGACUUGCAAGAAAUCAAGUAUAAAAUUACUAGACCAAGAUUUGUGUUACUGUGUUCUCUGAUCAUAAUAAUCAUGAGUAUUAAUCAUAAUGUUUUUUUACAUAUUUUCUCCUUAAUUCAAUCCAGUUAUUUGGCAUCUAAAGUGCAUGUGGGUUCAGGUCUGCCAUUCAUCCAGAUCAGGAAGAUGCCUGAAGUGACAACAGCAGAGGUCACUGUAAGCCAAUGUUUUGAUAUUCAUCUGAUGCCUAUUCGCAGGUUCUCAAGAGGGAGAGACUGAAAUCAGAUGAUCACUGUCUCAGUGUUUUAACCAUUUAUUCGUUUUUAAUUUAUAGUUUGUUUGUUUGCAGUUUUGAAUAUGUUCUUGUCAUAUUUAUUUACAGUUAUUUUAAUGACAUGCUCAAUUAGGUUCAAGCUUUCCACGUGAGGAGACUAGGCAUCCCCUGCAUGCAUCCAGGUUUCUUGGUUAGAAUAUUUUGUUUCUCUCUACUGUCACCUUUUGCUUGCUCACUUGGGGGAUUUGUAAGGCACUGUUCUUUGUAGAGCUGCUUUGAAGCAAUAUUUGCAAAAAGCUCUAUAAAAUGAGCCUAAUAAUAAGAAAACAUGCAUAAUAAAUGCUGCGGUACCACAGAAUACUUUAAGUCCAUGACUAGUUUUAUCCAGUGAGCAAGGCCAUCCUGUGUCAUAGCAGCUGACACAGCGGCAGGUCAUGUGCCCCUGCGGUUUCCAUGGAAACUUACCUUAAAGUUCCUUGUGAUCCACCUACUCAGGUUACAAUGAUCCACCAGAAAUCAUCAUUCUAUCAUAUGCAGCUUCUCUCAAAUCCUCCUACAGGUCGAUAUAACAUGCAUCUUGUUUUUUACUUUAAAGCACAUCAGUAGCAGCAGCAGGUGGCCGCACAGACCCAGGCUCUUGUAAACAUUCAUUGAAUGUUGCCGUAGCAGCAAUUAGCCCUUUCACCUGCCUGUCUCUCCGCAUCCUCUCCUGUCUGUGGUGAAGGAAACAGCAAGUGGUUGCAGCCAGCAAGGGGCUGUAAAAACUAGCUGGAGAGACACAUAACAGAUCUGAUAGCCAUCAGUGCUUCUGCAAACCUUGAUGAGUCACUUGUCUGAAAGCAACACGGGGCAGGAGGGGGAAGGAGGGCACUGUUCUCUCCAGGGAGAGGAGAGCUGCUUGUCUUGCGUGUCAUUUCUGAGGAGUAGGCACGACCGAAGAGGCAGAAAGGAAAGAGGGGGAGAUCAGGAGCGUCUGGGUGGGUGGGAUUGAAGAUGAUGGGGAGGAAGAGGAGAUAGGGGGAGAGAGAGAGAGAGAGAGAGGUUGUUUGGAGUUUUGUAUCUGGAAGGGAUGUUCAUCAACAUUUCUGAAGUAGAUUUCAUAAGGAUGGAUAGAGUAUGCAAGUCAGUAGAGACCUGAAUGAAUAACACCUCUACUGAUCACAUCCCUCUCUCUCUCUCAUGUUCUAUAUGUUUUUGAGUGAAUCCGGAUCUGUUGGGAUGGGAAGUGAGACAGUGGGACGAGAGUAAGAGGAGAAUGGCAUACACACAGUUGGAACCCAUCAAUGAGGGUCUUCUGUCCAGACUGUCUGACCUUCUGUUGUGUCGCUGGUCGUGCCGCUCGUGUUGGCAGUGGUGCUGGGAGUGCAGCUGCUGUCAGUCCAGCGAUGAGGAGGUGGAGAUUCUUGGGCCUUUCCCAGCUCAGACUCCAUCGUGGCUUGUCAGUGAUUGUAAUGUAGAGAAAGGCUUUAAUUCUCACAUCAUGGCCCAUGAGCAUCAUUCACCUGCUAAGUCUGACACCACCACAAACGGCAGGCCAUCCACCCCAGAGACCUCACGCUCCACCUUCAGCCUGGCAAGCCACCUUGCCGGUCUAAAUGCCCGACGGCCAAGCUCCCCCAUGGUGGAUGUAAAGCCUAUUGAAUUUUGGGCCAUGAGGCCCAGGAAGGAAGUGGUGCAGCCCCUACGUAAACCCCCGACACACCCAGAUGACUACUACCGCAAGCUGGAGCCUCAUCUCUACUCCCUGGACUCAGGCAACGAUGACGUUGACUCUUUGACGGAUGAGGAGAUUCUGGUACGGUACCAACUCGGCAUGCUGCACUUCAGCACACAGUAUGAUCUUAUCAACGGCCACCUCACCGUUCGAGUCAUUGAGGCCCGGGACCUGCCCCCUCCCGUAACGUGUGACAGCGCUCGCCAAGACAUGUCCCACUCGAACCCCUACGUGAAGAUGAGCCUGCUGCCCGACCACAAGAACUCCAGACAGACAGGUGUUAAACGCAAGACUCAGAACCCAGUGUUUGAAGAACGCUUUACAUUUGAGCUCCCCUUCCUGGAGGCCCAGAGACGCACUCUGCUGCUCUCUGUGGUCGACUUUGAUAAGUUUUCCCGGCACUGUGUCAUCGGGAAAGUGACUCUUCCUCUCAGUGAGGUUGAUCUGGUUAAGGGAGGACAUUGGUGGAAGGCCCUGGUACCCAGCUCACAGAAUGAAGUUGAGCUUGGUGAACUUCUGCUGUCCAUAAACUACCUGCCCAGUGCUGGCAGGCUAAAUGUGGACAUCAUCCGAGCAAAGCAGCUGCUUCAGACAGACAUGUGCCAGGGUUCAGAUCCUUUUGUGAAGGUACAAUUAGUGGCAGGCCUAAAGCUAAUGAAGAGUAAAAAGACGUCCUGCAUGAGGGGCACCAUUGAUCCCUGCUAUAAUGAGUCCUUUAGCUUCCGUGUAGCUCAAGAGGACCUGUGUGAAGUCAGCCUUGUGUUUACAGUGUUUGGGCACAACAUGAAGAGUAGCAACGAUUUCGUUGGUCGCAUUGUGAUUGGUCAGUUCUCCACCGGGCCGCAGGAAACCACGCAUUGGCGUCGACUGCUGAGCUCCCAGCGCAAUCCGGUGGAACAGUGGCACAGCCUGCGCUCGCGUGCCGAGUGUGACCGCGUGUCGCCUGCUUCUCUCGAGGUCACUUAAUAUUAGCACAGGACGAUGAAUGAAGGUGGUGGGAUGGAUAGAUGUGAAAUGAAUUUAGAGAAUCCUACACUAAUUGUAGUUUUUAAAGAUCAAGUAGAUCUGUUCUCAAACCAUAGAUUCUAUAGAAUAGUGGGCACUGAUUUGAGAUUUUUUGUGUUUGUGGAUGUCACACUCCCUUAUUUGAUCAAAAUGAAAAAUGUAAGAUAUAGUAUUUUUUCAUUAGGAUUAUGAGCAGAAGCCUGCUGUCCAUGUUUUCUUUUUAUCAUAUUGAUACUAUCUUACACUGGAGCUCAAUAAUCUGAUCACCAUUUGAACCUCAGCUACAUUCUGGCCGGUCAGGUGUCCAGGGAAAGGUCAGCUGUGAUAUUGCUCAGGCAGCUGUGACCACACCUAACCACUGGUCCAGAAUGCAAUGUUUUAAUAAUCAUAUUGUUUCUUUUUUCAGACUUCAGUAUGAUUGCUGAUAAUCAGUUUUUGAAAUGGAAUCGCUCCAAAUUCUGUGGCAACACAGUGGGUAUUUUUAUUUCCUUACUUGAAGUAAUAUUUUACACCAAAGCCUGUGUUUGUGACUUGUAUACUAUUACCGUUCAUGCACAUUUUGACCACUGAUUGUGUUUAAGCGUGUUUGAAUGUAGUAAAUGUUUGCACUUAUGGCAGCUGUGAUCCGUGUCGGCACAACAGUGAAAAUGCCUUUACAUCUCGGGCAAUAUAGUGCCAUGCCAAUAAGAUGCAGAUAAAUACAUUUCCACCCGUUACCUUUGUUGUUAAAUGCUUUUGCCAAGCUUUACAGCCCAUUUGCUGUAUGAUUGAUGUGUUGGAGAUGUACUUUGUCUUAACUUUUGUCAGUCCAUCGUCUGUAUUUUUACAUAGGCAGAAUAUAAUGAUAUACAUAUUUAGCAUAGAAUCUAAGUGCAAUCAGAAACAUCACUGUAUCCUGAAAUUGUCUUGUGUGAUCUAAGUGGCUGUUUCAGGUCAAAUGUCAAUUGUAUGAUUCCACAAAUGUCGAUGUUGAUGACAGUAAAAUCUAUCAGAGUAAUAAGAAUAUAUAGUGUAAUAAUAAAAAUGCAGCUUUGCCAGUGAAGAUAUUUAUUUAUUUAGAUUAAAAGUGCUCAUAAAACUAGAUACAUAUUGUAUUUAUCUCUACAAACAUAUCUGUAUAUAUUUAUAACUUACAGUGAUUUGAACAAAUGCAUGUUGCAAUAUAAGACAAAUAAUAAGAAAUGGAUAUGAAUGGAUAAGAAAAAAGCUGAAAUUGCAAAAUUAUUUCAGUUUCAAAGGCGGCUGUUUUAAAUUUGUCUUAUUUUUAUUGUAAACCAUAAUGUUUUAGUCUCCUUGUCUGCCCUGAACCUCUGAGAGUUUGUUACACUGCUGGUUAUGGUGUGAUUGAAAUAUUGAGCAGAAUCCAUUUAAAUGUCUCUUUAAUGGAGAUUGUCAUGUGUGAAUGCUUCAGAGAGAUGUGUUUUGGCUAAAUGUUCCACAACACAUUAAAGUGACAUUUGGUACUGGCUUUUCCGGGAUGCUUUGUUUUUGUUUAUAUGUGAAGAUUUAUUUUGUAUCAAUAGAUUUGAUCAUUUUAAGACACUUUGUUAUAGUUUAAUUACUUUGAUUCUACUGUUUAAACUGACUGAUAUAACAUCAUAUAAUUCUAGGAGAUAGGAAAUUUGGUAAACUGUGGCUGUAAACUUUAGAAAAUGAGGUUACCAUUUCUGCAUUAUUUUGUUAAAGAUGUCUGUUUAAACCAUAACAUUUUGCAACUGCAAUGAUUCACUUAUUGCAUUGAAAUGAUUAAAGUCUUGUUUGUGGAUAAAGGUUUCCUCUGAGAGCGAUAAAACUGAGAGAUUAGUCACUUAAUUGUUGUCUCCAGCCAACGGGAGCAUCUUAACCCCACUGUCCACAUGAGUCCUGGCUCUGUGUCAAGCACAUAAUGAUCAAAACUACCAUGUUUACAUCAGAGAUUACAUCUAAAAUAAAUAGAAACUUCAUCUUGGCAUAUUUUAAAAUGAACGUUUUAUAUACCCAGGUCUAGUGUCAUGGCUAAACAGUUAUUAAAUUACCUGGUCUCUACAGCUGAGAUUAUACACUGUAAAAAAAAUCCUGUUAAAAAACGGAUAAAGUACUGGCAGAAAAUGAUCAGUACAUUUUCCUUUAUUUUACGGACAUUUCCGUUAAUGCUAAAAUGUAAUUUAAUGCAGUGCAGAAUGUAAAAUAGAAUAAAAUGAAAAAUGAAUACGGAAAAUUCCUUAAUAUUAAUAUAGUAUAUUGUGCCCUAUUUUUACUGAUUGUUUUUAGAGUGUAAGUCUAUAGCUAUAUAGGUCUAAGCUUUCCUUUCUACUGAACUCUACAAAAACUAAUGACGUGCUGUUGAGAAAUUCUUGGGAGUUUGGGUGUUUUCUUGCAUUACUCAGUGGACAGUGUUGAGUUAAAUUUGAAUUGAGAUGCCAAGAUGCACAACUGCUAUUUGAACGUAAAAGAUGACUUAAAAGUCCAGUGUGUAAUUUUUUGGAGUGUACUGACAUGAAAUGCAAUAUAAUAUACAUAACUAUGUCUUCAGAUGUGUAUAAAGACCUUAAAUAAUGAAGUGUUUUGUUUUUAUUACCUUGGAAUAAGCUAUUUCUAUCUACAUACAGUACAUUGUGGGUCCCCUUACAUGGAAUUCGCCAUGUUGUUUCUACAGUAGCCCUAAACGGACAAACUGCUCUACAGAGCGUUUCGUAAAUACGUUAUCUCCUUUGGCAAAGAAGUGAAAACGCGACGAUAUCUUGUCCUGUGAGAGCUGCCGUAGUGCUUCAAAAGGGAGGUGUGGAGUGAGUCGUUGGUUGCAAUUCACAACCUCACCGCUAGAGGCCACUAAAAUCUCCCCACUGCUCCUUUAAAUAAAAGUUGAAAGUUGAAAUAUGUCUAAUCAGUUGAUCAAAUAAUGUAUUCUACAUAUUAGAGAAU